AUGGUUAGCCAAGUCCGAAAACCGUCUCAGAGGGCACGUCUCCAGCAGAGCCAGCAGAACCGCAGAAGCCGAGUUAUAGCCGUGACAAGGCAAGAAGAGCACCUACUAGAAGCAAUGAGGCAACGGAAAGGCAAAAUAACCCCCAGCCUUUUCCAUGAAGCUCGUUACCAAGAUAGUCUCGAGCCUGAUAGAAAUUCUAUGCUCUCUGUGCCUUCGCGGGACUCAUUCUACGGGUCCGACAUCUCCUUCCUUCGACUCAGCCCUGGACUACCUCCUAAUAUGCUACGGAAAGAUCAAGGUGCAAACAAUUUUGAUAAAGACGGUUCCAUUUCUCAGGGCACGGCUUCUGAUGCAGAACAGAAAACCACUAACUCGAGCGCGUCUCCUCGUGUUAGCUUGAUCUAUUCGGAAAGUCUUCCCUCGCCAGCAACCAGUGGAGCUUCCCCAUUGACACCGACUCUUCCUAUACAUCGCUUUUCUCCGCUCCCAUCACAAAAGCCGCCUCCACGCAACCCCCCUCCGGCUAUACCAUCAGUUCAACGGCGACAUUCGAGACGGCGCACGGAUAGUAGCGAGGCCAUCGUUUUGGGUGACUCCGAGGAACGGAAGGAAACAGACGAUUUCCCGAUUUGGGCAUUGGGAUGGGGAGGUAACGAUAAUGCCAAUCUUACGGCAGUACACUGA